GUGGGUGAAAAAAGUUGGGUCUGAUUUGCUGCGAUCGCGCAGGACCGAAGGUGCACCGGUCGAUUUCAUAUCAAGUUUGGUUAAAGCAGGGGUGAACGUCACACACUCGGCGCACUCACAGCUUCCCACAAUGCUUUUAUGAACGAGAUCUCACAGCACCGAGACGCGCAGAGAGCCAGAGUGGUAGAGGAGGACGCAGCUGCCCCGUUUGCACCGGCUCUACGAGGGCUCGCCGUGCAUGUCAACUAACUAAAGAAACCUCCUGCAUAAAAUCUCUCUGGGGAGACGACAAUCUUUGGAUCGCACAAAUUCAUGGAUGUUCUGGGAUAACCUCGUGUCGUUUUACGCGGAUAGCUGUUCCCCAGUCUUGAACGGUGCCCACCGGUCCGGGAAUGGCGCGAUAAAGUGAUCAGAGGAACCAGUCCAAGUACAUUCACUUUUGGUGUAGCCGUCUCGUCAUGUAUUCUCCAAUUUGUCUUACUCAGGAUGAAUUUCAUCCCUUCAUCGAGGCACUUCUUCCUCACGUCCGUGCCAUUGCCUACACGUGGUUCAACCUCCAGGCCAGAAAACGCAAGUACUUCAAGAAGCACGAGAAGCGGAUGUCCAAGGACGAGGAGCGCGCGGUGAAGGACGAGCUUCUGAGCGAGAAGCCCGAGGUUAAACAGAAAUGGGCAUCCAGGCUGCUGGCCAAGCUGCGUAAGGACAUUCGGCAGGAGUACCGGGAGGACUUUGUCCUCAGCGUGACGGGCAAGAAGCACCCGUGCUGUGUGCUAUCCAACCCGGACCAGAAGGGCAAGAUCCGCCGGAUCGACUGUUUGAGGCAGGCCGACAAAGUUUGGCGUCUGGACCUGGUGAUGGUCAUCCUCUUCAAAGGCAUCCCUCUGGAAAGUACAGAUGGGGAACGCCUCGUCAAGUCUCAACAUUGCACCAACCCAGCACUUUGUGUCCAGCCACACCACAUAACAGUAUCGGUCAAGGAGCUGGACUUGUUUCUAGCAUACUACGUCCAGGACCAAGACUCGCAGCAGUCAGGAAGUCCCAGUAACAAUGAGCCAGGCAAGAACCCUCUUCCAGUGUACUUGGAAGACAGCUUCAUUAAAUCAGGAGUCUUCAGUGUUACAGAACUGGUGCGAGUGUCCAGAAUGCCCAUCACCCACGGUGCUGCGGUGAACUUCUCCAUGGCCGACAUGCCCAGCCAACCCUACUAUCAUGACCUGAACUCCAGCGUGGGGCUGCAUCGCUCCCUGUCCUCCCCUCCUGGCAGCAAAAGGCCCAAAACGGUCAACAUGGAGGAGAACAUGGACACCAGCCCGACAGGACCUGACUUCUACUCGUCACCCAGCUCGCCAGCCAGCAGUCGGGCGAACUGGCACGAUAGAGACGGAGACAUGUCCUCUCCUACCAUGAAGAAGCCAGAGAAGCCGCUGUUCAGCCCCACCUCCCCACAGGACUCCUCACCCCGACUCAGCACUUUCUCUCAGCCCCAUCACCCAGGCCUAACAGGUGUAGGACACAGUGUUAUAUCGACGAGGAGCCCCCCUCCACACUCGCCCCUUCAGUUCUCGGCCUCUGCCAUCUUGCCCCCAGCGCCGUCGCCCUACUUCUCGCACACCACCAUCCGCUACCCGCCCCACCUCAACCCAGCUGAUCCCCUCAAGAGCUACGUGCCGUCAUAUGACCCGUCCAGCCCACAGAGCAGCCAGCCUAACAGCAGUGGCCAGGUGGUAGGAAAGGUCCCAGGCCACUUCACCCCAGUUCUGGCCCCCUCCCCACACCACGGCGCCGUGCGACCCGUCUCGCUCUCCAUGCCAGACACCAAGCCCAUCACCACAUCCACAGAAGGCUACUCAGCCCCUGGCACCCCGACGGCUAACCGCUUUGUAGGCCUGAGCCCCAGAGAUCCCGCCUUCCUCCACCAGCAACAGCUGAGGAAGUGUGACUGGAGCGUGACUCAAAACGGCAGGCAUUAUGGCCCCAGUGCCACUGACGACACUUUGGGGAUUACUUGGCAAAGUCCUGGUACCUGGGCGAGCUUAGUUCCAUUCCAAGUGUCGAACGGGACUCCGAUUCUGCCAACAAAUGUCCACCAGAACUACAGCAUAAACAUCAUUGGUGAGCCCCUGGUCCCCGCGGAGACAGGGAACUGAACACACAGAGGCCGGAUGACCCCCAGGGUGGAUGCGCGGGUGGGGGUGUUGGUGGUGCACAGCUUAGCACUACAGGUGUCCACAGCCAUGGAUGAAACCAGCAAAGCAGCGUGAGCUGCAGAAUCGUUCCUAGUCUCGCCCCUUCCAUAUCUCCCCCACACACACACACACACACACACACACCGACACACACCGACACACACACCAUCCCUACAACUGUCCCUCCCCGUGAAGGACACUUGCCGUGAAGUGACGAGGGUUUGUACGCAGGGAAGAAAA